UAAUUACAGCAGUUUCAGACAGGGCCUGAAUAUCGUCGCGGCAAAACAUAUGCACAUACGUACAUAACAUACAUACAUACAUGCAGACAGACAGACAGACAGGCAGGCAGGCAAACAGACAAACACACAAACACACAAACAGUACCACCUUCGCCGUCCUCCUCAGCCCGGGUUUGCGCGUAGUAGCCCCAGGUCGGAAUGCCGGACCAGUUUUCGUACCAAUACCCCUCACCACUGGAGGGGUGCGACAUGCUCCCUGCACUGCCCAACGACAGGAAUGAGGACGGAAAGUCGUUCAGAAACCCUCCCACCGGUGUUCUCAGUGGCGCCUACGAUCGAUUCCCAGAUCCGUUAACCGACGGCCGGCGGGGCGGCUUCGAUGUCCACAUAUACCACUAUCAGAACAAUCCCGAGCAAGCCGAAUUUGCUCGAGCCCUCUGGGAGCGUAUCAGACGCGAAUUUCCCGAGCUUCGUAUCUAUGAGUUCUUCGACCGACCAGUUGGCCCGCAUCCAAUUGCGAUGUUUGAAGUGAACCUUUUCACUCCUCAGCAAUUUGGCGCGUUCAUUCCUUGGCUGGUGAUCAACCGUGGACCGCUCAGCGUCCUGAUCCAUCCAAACACCACAGACGAGGAAGAAGAGAGAAACCACACGCAGCGUGCGACAUGGAUGGGCGAGAGAAUUCCCCUCGAUCUGCGAGUCUUCAAGCUGAUGAGACACAACAAGUGACUGAAACUCGAAAGGGACUAAUAUUCUCUCUUCACCCAGCCGACUCUGUGCUUCUCUCGCUUAAUGGGUCCUGAUCGCCGUCGAUCUCCCUUGCAUUUGUGCUGGAUGAACGGGGUUGUUCCAUACUCAUGAGUAUCUAUAUCACGAGAGGUCCUUGUACACUACUUUUCUUGUUUCUCGUACCGAACAGCGGUGUUUGCUUUUAAAAUUGGAAGACAUGCUAAGCCCGCGUAUUUUUCCCCCCUCCCCUCAAAGCCCCAAAAUUGGGCUGGUGGCAGAACUCAAGCUUUUCUCCCAGCGCCAUCCCGAUCGUCCCUAAUGUCACCACAUGGCAAACAAAGAAAAGCAAACAAAUUCCGAAGAAGAAAAGAAAAAAAAAAGAAGGCGGGAAAAUUCAAAAGUUGGAGAAGAAUUACCAUCAUUAAACGCUGCGGGGGCGCGCAUGUGGAAACCGGCCCUCCUCUUUAGCCGGAUGGGGAUGCUCCAUCAUAUCGUGACACGGGCCUCGUCCGUGUGUCAGUUGGAAAUCGCGCAUGAGCUGCCGCAGUUGAGCUAGUUAGUUUAUCGGCAACCAACAAAACUUGUCAACUAACAAGUUA